AUGUUUCGCUUUAGAACUGCCUUCCGAGCCAUGAGCGUCGGGCUUGCGCCUUGUCUCUUUGCUGGCACCAUGCUUGUUCGAAGGACGCCAAUCCGAUUCGACUCAGUGCAGCCAAAGGACAAUCAAGCCCGCUCAAGAAUCCAGGUUCAUGCGCCAUCAACCACAAUUUCACCCGAGUUUGUCGAACAAGUAUCCAGCGGUAGCAUUGCGGGUUUCGGUACUGGCCUCGUCCUUGCGUUGUUCUCGCGCUCUCUGGUUCUGCUCGGAGGAUUGGUAGCUGGAUCUAUUCAUCUUGCCUCUCGAUUCGGUCUCGAUGUGGUCAACCUUCUCGGUAUCAACAGAACCUUUAUUGGACAAUCCAGGCUAGUAAAGAUAUGGCAGGGUAAGCCCUGGUUCACCUCAACAUUUUUGCUCACAUUCGUUUUGGCGGCCUUUGUACGCCUCUAA